ACUCCAUAUAUAUUACCCAAUGUUAAUGAUGUAACUUCUGUCAUAAAUCGACUAUUUCACUCAAAUACCCUAAUAACCAGAAUGUUUUCCUGAUGGAAACUGAACUAUUUCUUUCUUUCUUACAGAUCUUAUACUGCACGUUAAACACACCUAAAGUUGAUAUGGAAAGACUCUUAGGAUCACAGAUAGGUCUUGAAGAUUUUAUAUUUGCCCAUGUGAAAGGGAUCAAAAAGGAAGUAAAUAUAAAUAAAUCUGAGGAUUCACUUGGUCUCACCAUUACAGAUAAUGGUACUGGCUAUGCUUUUAUAAAGAGAAUUAAAGAUGGUAGCCUAAUUGACUCCAUUAAAACCAUCUGUGUGGGGGAUCAUAUUGAAUCCAUAAAUGGAGAAGAUAUCAUUGGGUGGCGUCACUAUGAUGUUGCUAAAAAGUUAAAGGAAUUAAAAAAAGAUGAACCCUUUACCUUGAAGUUAAUAGAACCUAAGAAGGCAUUUGGUAAGUUUGGGUGUGUGUAUGUGUGUGAAGUGUUCCCUUCCCUGGCUUGUCUUUCUAAGGGUAGUGAGCACUGAGAUGUGGUGCCAUGUAAUUUAGUAUAUCCAUUAAGGAUAUAGAGAAUGAGAGCACUACUUAUAAGGGAAACAACUAUUCAAGGAGAAAGAAUUGCCUAAAAGGACAUUUUCUGAAAGACCUUUGGAGUUACAAAGUCUGAUGUCGAGUGACUUUGUGGCUGUUCCAGACUGUAAGAACGGCACAUUGUAAUACAUUCAUCUUGCUGAGGAGUAAAAUUUUUGACUGGGCUCUCUAAGCCAUAACUAUUGUCCGUGGACCUUAACAGCAAA